AUGGCGCAGCCGCAGGGCCAGCAGGGCUACUACGAGCUCUACAGAGGCACCUCGUAUGUGGCUUGCUUGCAGCCUUCAACGGCAUGCGUAAAGACACAUGUUCACUGACUUUCGCAACAGCAUUGGACUCGCUCUCGCAGAUACGCUCGACGACCUGAUUAGCUCUCGGCGCAUCGAGCCACAGCUAGCGAUGCGCAUUAUGGCCAAUUUCGACCAGAGCAUCGCGACAGUAUUGGGCGAUAAAGUGAAAGCAAGGAUGAAUUUCAAGGUACGAUGGAUAAUAACGUGGUUAUGAUUAGUGGGUCUGAUCAUGCGCAGGGACAUCUCGACGUAUACCGCUUCUGCGACGAAGUCUGGACAUUCGUGAUCAAAGAUGUGAAAUUCAAGAUGGACAACGCCUUCCAAAUGGAAGCAGACAAGGUCAAGAUCGUCGCUUGUCAGACGAAGGAUAAGGCGGCCUAG